AAAAGUUAAGAAUAAAAAAUAGAAAAAUAAACGAAAAAAGUUUCUUGGAAGACGUAUUUUUGUGUUUUCUUUUCAUAUUUUCGAAAUAAUUUCUUUUUCGUGUGUCACGGUAUUCGGCCAAUUGUGGCCGAUAUAAACGACCUUCAAAACGUUUUGUGUUGAAGCAAUACGCACCAUGGGCUGCGCACAGAGUGCUGAGGAGAGGGCCGCAGCCGCUAGAAGUCGUUUGAUUGAACGAAAUCUAAAAGAAGAUGGCAUUCAGGCAGCAAAGGAUAUUAAACUUCUUUUGCUUGGUGCUGGUGAAUCAGGCAAAAGUACAAUUGUUAAACAAAUGAAAAUUAUACACGAAAGUGGGUUCACUCCUGAAGAUUUCAAACAAUAUAGACCGGUUGUUUAUAGCAACACAAUACAAUCAUUAGUUGCAAUACUUAGAGCAAUGCCAAAUCUUAGUAUUCAGUUUAGUAAUAACGAAAGAGAGAAUGAUUCCAAAAUGGUAUUCGAUGUGUGUUCACGUAUGCAUGACACUGAACCUUUUUCAGAGGAACUUUUAGCUGCCAUGAAACGACUAUGGCAGGAUGCUGGUGUUCAAGAGUGCUUCUCACGUAGCAACGAAUAUCAACUAAAUGAUUCUGCUAAAUAUUUCCUGGACGAUUUAGAUCGGUUAGGCGCCAAAGAUUAUCAACCAACCGAACAGGAUAUUUUGCGCACUCGUGUCAAAACAACUGGUAUUGUUGAAGUGCACUUUUCCUUUAAAAAUCUCAAUUUCAAACUUUUUGAUGUUGGUGGCCAACGUUCAGAACGAAAGAAAUGGAUUCAUUGCUUUGAAGAUGUAACUGCGAUUAUAUUUUGUGUUGCCAUGUCAGAAUAUGAUCAAGUUUUGCAUGAAGAUGAAACUACAAACCGAAUGCAAGAAUCCUUAAAAUUGUUUGACUCCAUUUGCAAUAACAAAUGGUUUACGGAUACUUCGAUUAUUUUAUUCUUAAAUAAAAAAGAUUUAUUCGAAGAGAAAAUACGCAAGAGUCCAUUGACAAUCUGUUUCCCAGAAUAUACAGGUGGUCAGGAAUAUGGUGAGGCAGCUGCGUAUAUCCAAGCUCAAUUUGAAGCGAAAAACAAAUCAACCUCAAAAGAAAUUUACUGCCACAUGACGUGUGCUACAGAUACAAACAACAUACAAUUUGUAUUCGAUGCUGUCACUGAUGUUAUCAUUGCUAACAAUCUCAGAGGUUGCGGUCUUUACUAAACACAUAAUAAUAAUUGCAUUCAUUUCAACAACAACAACAACAAUUAAUUUCUAAAUAUUUUAUUGAAAAUAGCAGCAGACCCAAAAACAACCAAAACAAAAUUAUUUUAAACAUUUAUUAAGAGUAAAACAAAAAAUGGUAAACAUCUAAAACAAAAAGAGAAAAAAAAACAAACAAAACCCACCAUCUUCAAAAAUAUUAGCAAACAAAUAAAAACAAAAUGAAAGAGAAAUGAACCGUUUAAUAACACCUUUAAUUAAAGUAAUGAAAAUAGAAAAAAACUAAAGAAAA